AUGGGGACAAUUAACCACGGUUACGUGCCUAUGGAUGAGCUACCAUCUGCCAAACCCGCGGCAGAAAGCCCUGGUCAUCGAGGGUCCCAUACUUUAAUGGAUGGCAUGAAUGAUCGUCUCAGUGAACCAUGGCAACCCGGGUUCUGGAAGCGAUUCCCUCUAAAAGGCUUUAGCUCAUGGCUUCUCUCGUUAAUUAGUACAAUUGUCGUUGUCGUUGUCUUGGUUCUAUCUGAUCAAACACCAGUAGACCAAUGGGAUAGUCGUAUGCAACCGACAGUUUGGCUGGCUUUAACCUCUACUAUAAGUGGUGCGUUCCUAGCACAUGCUUUAGCAGAAGGCGCGGCUCACUCGUUCUGGAGGCAAGCUUGCAAAUCGACUACAUUACCAAACCUCGAAGCGAUAUAUGCAUCCUCUACUAGUCUUCUUGAAGCUGUAUGCAACUUGGCCAGGCUCCGAUCUAAACGACUUGGGUUUGCUUCUAUUGUAGUUACCCUGUCGAUGCUUCGUAACCCAUUGAUCCAGCGUGCAACUUUGACGACUACGCAAUACUCUACAAUACGAGAAUCUAUGAACUUCCAUAUUGCACGAGAGCUUCCAUAUGGUUAUGGUGCAAAUCUCAGUGGCCGAAACACGAAUAUCUUCUUCCUUACUUCGAAUUUCAGCAGGAUUGCCCAGUCUUACAGCAGCCGAGACGUAGUCCGUGCUUACAACUCGUCCUGUGAUAAUUGCACAAGCACUGUACAAAGGUCUCGUAGAUUCGAUAUUAGCGCCGAAGUUUCAUCACCGGCGGCGACGGCAGGAGGAGAUUAUCUUUUCCAGAUAAAUGUUACGGAAUACAGAGGGCUUGAAAUAUACUCCAGUAAGAACGGCUCACGAUUACGGUUCACAACCCUCUGGAAACCCAGUAAUGACUGCAGCGGCGAUCUCAAAAUCCAAACGUGCGAUCUUACUGCUGGAAUAACUAAAUACCCUAUUGUCACAGAAGGCGCAAAAGUGACAUUGCAAGGAACGUGGCAUGACGAUGUCUUCGUUGAGUCAAGACAUAUGAUCCCUAUGGGUAUGGGGCAAUCCAACAUAUUGGGCGGCUUCAGCAAUAUUCUUUCCUCCGUCUUUACCUCAUACGCAUUUAUGAAACGUACCACCAUUUGGGGAACGGAGCUCCUCACUUCGGGCCUCCCAGCAACCCAACACAUGUUGCUAAACGGUAGUGAGCCAUCAUGCAUGGACACGUGGACCAACCCGAUGGAGGACAUAAUUGAGGCCGCCAGAGAAAUAUCCUUCAGGGCGAGCAUACAAUACGCACACGAAAACACUACCAACAGUCAGACUACUGAGUUUGAAAAAAGCAUAAUGCAGUCGGUUUUCGAGACGGACUACAGCAAAAUGGCCAUCGCACUCUUAGUAUCCACGGCUGGCAUGCUGGCCAUUCUGCCGCUUUUUUGGGGAUUUUGGGAGCUUGGGCGCCGUGUAUCGCUGAAUCCAUUUGAGGUAGUAGUCGCGUUUUUGGGCAUGCCCGAGACGCAUCCUGUGAUGGGUAAAAUCGAUCCUAAUAUGAAUGUCGGCAACAUCUUGAAAUCGACUGAGUUAAUUGGCCCCGUCAGAUAUGGGGCAUGGCAUGUCAACGGAAGAUCCCGGCUUGGUUUCGCCCAGGCUGAAGUUGUGCGAAGUCCAAAGGAUUCUGAGAGGUUUAUCUACUAA